UCGAAGUAGGGGUUUUGGCUUACCAAUGAUGGGCGAUAGAAGCAGCAUCCAUGGCUGCCGUGUUCUUCCUUUCUUGAUUCUAUUCACCAUCAAAUUUUCUCAUUCAGCAGACACCCUGUUUCCAAACCAGUCAAUUAAAGAUGGAGAGACACUAUUUUCUGCCAACCGGACCUUUGCACUCGGAUUCUUCAGCCCAAGCGGUUCGCUCAAUCGCUAUGUUGGGGUAUGGUAUCACAAGCUUCCAGUGCAGACGGUGGUAUGGGUUGGCAACCGCGGACAGCCGGUGUUCGAUAAUUCUGGCUACCUUACCAUUGAUGGGAAAGGCAAUCUGAUCAUUUUGGAUAGCAUUGGGAGAUCGAUCACCAUAGCAUCCAACUCUGGAGCAACCAAUCUCACAGCUGCUACACUAACAGACACCGGCAAUCUUUUUCUCAGAGAAUGGAGUGAUGGAAGAGAAGGACAAGCCUUGUGGCAGAGCUUUGACAAUCCUACUGAUACACUGAUUCCUGGCAUGAGAAUGGGAAUGUAUGGAAAAAAGAAUCAGUUUCUCACGUCAUGGACAAGCUCAGAAGAUCCAGCUCAAGGUGACUUCUCUGUCGGGAUCGAUCCCAACGGCACUAAACAGUUCAUCAUCUGGAGGAAGGGUCAGGUCUACUGGAAGAGUGGGGUCUGGACUGGGAAGAACUUCAGCUCGGUCCCUGAAAUGACACCAACUUACUACAUCUAUUUCAGCUACAUGCCGACUUGGAAUGGGGAUUACUAUUCUUAUUCUGUCAAUGACAGUUCUAAACCAACGAGAACCGUGAUGGAUGUUUCAGGGCAGAUCAAUCAAGUAGCUUGGGUAGAAACCUCACAGGAGUGGGUACAAAUCUGGGCUGGACCGACGAAUUAUUCAUGCGAGAUUCCCACUAGCUGCGGAGCUAAUGGCCUCUGCAACAACCAUUCUACUCCCACAUGCAAUUGUUUGGAUGGGUUUGAGCCUAGGUCUGAUCUUGCAUGGAAUUCAGGGAACUGGGCUGGAGGAUGUGUGAGAAGAGAGAUGCUAGAAUGUGGAAAUGGAGAUGAAUUUUUAAAGCUGAAAGGGGUUAAGUUGCCGAUCUUCUUCUUGGACACUGGCGUUUCGAGCAUCGGCAUCGAGGACUGUAAGGCGAAGUGUGCGCCGAACUGCUCCUGCACAGCUUAUGCUUCAGCACAUGAGAAUGGAACUGGCUGCUUGUUAUGGUUUGGGGACCUAUUGGGUCUCCAAGCUCACCAUGAUGCCACUCAAGACCUCUAUGUUCGUUUGGCAGCUUCGGAGCUCAACCACACUGCAGGUAUGCUGGAGGGACAUGAACUAGCGGUAAAAAGGCUUUCAAGAAGUUCGGGACAAGGAGUGGUGGAGUUCAGAAAUGAGAUAUCUCUUAUUGCCAAUCUCCAGCACAGAAAUCUUGUUAGGCUUCUUGGUUAUUGCAUUCAAGGAGAAGAGAAGUUGUUGAUCUAUGAGUACAUGCCCAACAAGAGCUUGGACAUCUACAUCUUUGAUCCAAUCAAGGCAGCAGAAUUAGACUGGAAAAAGCGUCUUGACAUCAUUGAAGGGAUUGCUCAAGGGCUUCUUUAUCUCCACAAGUACUCAAGACUCAGAGUUAUUCAUAGAGAUCUAAAAGCCAGCAACAUACUUCUAGAUAGUGAAAUGAACCCAAAGAUAUCGGACUUUGGAACGGCAAGGAUUUUUGAGAGGAAUGAAUCACAGGCGAAUACGAAUAGGGUGGUCGGUACAUAUGGUUACAUGUCUCCUAAGUAUGCAAUGGAGGGCCUCUUCUCCGAGAAGUCCGAUGUUUUCAGCUUCGGUGUUCUGCUAUUAGAGAUUCUCAGCGGCAAGAAGAACAGAAAUCUUCAUUGGCAAAACCAAUCUCUAAACCUUCUUGGAUACAUAAGGAAUUGA